UCACGUACGCAGGUGUGGUUCGAAUGUCUUGGUGAUGAGCUGCUGCGCCCGCCAGGCCAGCGUCACCCACACGGCCCUGUCUGUCAUGCCCUCACGCACACACCUCUCAGCAACCUGAUCCAUCCAGCCGCACACACCACACGCUCGUCUUUCUGUGUGACCUUCCUUCUGGCCAUAAAUUAACCCUUGGUCUCUUUCCCUUCCCUCACCACUGCGAGUGUGGUUGGGUCUGUAAUCCUCCCGUGUGGCCCAUGUGCCUCCCCACGUGUGGCUGCCCUUAUGUCGUCGAUGGCCAUGAGCAUGUCGGGCCGCUCCUGGCUGUCGUGCCACCACUCCUUGCCACCCGACGACAGGCAAGCAGCUGCCAUCGACAUCGAUGGUGCACUGGCGGCAUUUCUGGCACACAGACGGAACACCAGCUGUUUCAUCCUGCGCUUCGCUGCAGACAGACACGCAGACAUACAGCCCGACAGACAGACAGACAGGCAGGCAGUGAUUCACGACACUGGUGGGUGCAUUAUCUAUCUCUCUGUCUAUCUGCAUUCAUUCAUUCAUGUGUCUGUUCGUCCGUCUGGCUUACAAGGCGGUGUAUAGGCUCUCAUCUGGCCUGAAAGGUGCCUCAGUCGUCGAGCGGAUGGCGCACCUGCAGGGCCUGCGGCGAGGGAGCACACCUGAAGGCUCCGCCGUGUGUCGUUUCGCAGCAUCACAACGUAGGGAAGGUGUUGAGAUGGCG